AUGCCCAUCGAAAUCGACAAGAUCUUGGCCGCCGCGCCCGCCACGACCCGUGGUCAGGCUACCCAGCUCUCUUGCGAUCCCAAGGGCGAGCGUAUUGUCUACGCUUCCGGCAAAUCCAUCUUCGUUCGCACCAUCGACGAGCCAUCCAAGUCCCUCCAAUAUACCGGUCACACGACCACCACUACCGUUGCCCGCUUCUCCCCAUCAGGCUUCUGGAUCGCCUCCGGUGAUGUCUCGGGCAAGGUGCGCGUCUGGGACGCCGUCGGCGCCGAGAACACCAAGGGCGAAUACUCCAUCAUCUCCGGUCGCAUCAACGAUAUUGCCUGGGACGGCGACUCACAGCGUGUGAUUGCCGUGGGCGAUGGCCGCGAGCGAUUUGGUCAUGCUUUCACCGCCGACAGCGGCAACAGUGUUGGUGAGGUUACGGGCCACAGCAAGGUUGUCAAUGCCGUCAGCAUAAGGCAGCAGCGCCCAUUGCGCGCGGCUACGGUGUCGGACGAUGGAUCCAUGUGCUUCCUUCACGGCGCACCCUUCAAGUUCGCCGAUAAGGCUUCGGAGCACAAGGGUUUCGUUACCGGCACGGCGUUUAGUUCAGACGGUACAACACUAGUUACGGUUGGUGCCGACAGGAAGAUCCAGCUUUACGACGGAAAGACGGGCGCACCGACAAAGACCAUCGGCGACGGUGUUCACACGGGCGGUAUUUACGGUAUCAGUUGGGCUUCGGACUCGAAGCGGUUCGUCACUUCCAGUGCGGACCAGACUGUUCGUGUAUGGGAUGCCGAGUCGGGCGAGAACACGGAAACCUGGCGGUUCGGCCCUGAGGGCACUGUCAGCAUUCCGGACCAGCAAGUUGGCGUGGUCUGGCCGCACGGCCGCACCGACGGGCUUAUCAUCAGCAUCAACCUUAACGGCGACCUCAACUAUUUGGUUCCCGGAAACCGAGACCCCAUCCGCGUUGUCCAAGGCCACAACAAGAACAUCACCGCCCUCGGCGCCAGCCCCGACGGCAAGGCUCUCCUGACGGGCAGCUUCGAGGGCCGCGUCCUGAGCUGGGACCUCGCCACGGGUACCGGCACCGUUGUCGAUGGCCAGUCGCACUCCAACCAAGUCACCCAGUUCGCCUCCUCUGCCUCAGGCGGCACCAUCUACAGCGUCGGCUGGGACGACACUCUGCGCUCCGUCGACGUGUCCGCCAACACUUUCACCGGCGCCUCCACCAAGCUCUCCGCCCAGCCCAAGGGCGUCGCCACCACCAGUGACGACAAGUUCGUCGUCGUGGCAACCCACACCGGCAUCCAAGUCUACCAGGGCUCCGACUUCAUUUCCGAGCUCCCCAUCACCUUCAACCCCACCGCAAUCGCCGCAUCCCCCUCGGACGCCUCCGUGAUCGCCCUCGGCGGCGACGGUAACACAGUCCGCAUCCACACCCUCUCCAGCUCCGACGGCACCCUCUCCUCUCAACCCAUCACCGUCCUCACCACCUCCUCUGCCCAAAUCUCCACCCUAUCGUUCUCUCGCGACGGCAAGUUCCUAGCAGUCGGAAACUCGACCGGCAAGAUCGUCGUCUACAAGGCCAGCACAUGGGAGGUGGAAACCGACCGGUGGUCGGCCCACACAGCGCGCGUGCUGAGCAUCGCGUGGAACGAGGCCGGCACGCACGCCGUCAGCGGCGGGCUGGACACCAAUGUCUGCGUCUGGAGCCUGGCGAAGCCCGGGAGCAGGACGAGCGCACCGAACGCGCACAAGGAUGGCGUGAACGGGGUGGCGUGGACGGAGGAGGAUACGGUGGUUAGUACGGGUGUGGAUGGGGCUGUUAAGGUUUGGAAGGUUUCGGGGUUGCCAUGA